CAUCCCUGAUGAAAACAAAACUGAACACAACCACAAUAAUUUUGACAUUUGUCAGGUGACAUAAAACAUGAAAACAACAUGAACAUGUCGCCCAAAAACAACGAUGAUCCUUCCGAGAAUCCUAGAAACAAUGUCGAGGAUGCUGAUAUCCAAGAAAUGGAGGCUGUAAACGACAGCUUGGAUGAACUGAGUUCGGCACUGGAUUUCUUUGAGCAAAGGACAGACAAUAUUAUUGAGCAGCUUAAAGAAUUGCUACAUUCUAAUCGCGAAAUACGCCAAGAACUGGCCUUGGAGAAUGCUACAUCCGGUGUGGACAAUUUGAAUGUACAAGAGAAAGAUACUUAGAAAUCGGAAUCACUGGGCCUCAAUUCUAGUUCUAUGAAAAUGUGAAAUGAAAGCUAUUGUAAGGAAAUGAAAAGUCAAACGAAAAAUUUUAUAGAGAAAAUAUUUUUCAUUUCACGUUUUCAUAGAACAAGAAUCCAGCCCCAGCAGGGUACAACACAAAGGAAGCAAAAUUACAAGUAUUACAGAGGGGUGAUUUGUUUUAUUUUAUUAGCAAAAUAAAGUAAUUGUUGGUAAUAGUAAAGAUGUUAUAAAUCGAAAAAAUAUACAAACUAUAUUUACAAUAUUAGAA